UCAAAGGGGAAACUGGGUUACAUCCUGCAAGAUGGCCAUUAGGAGAGUUGGAUCUUUUUUGAAGAAUGCCUGGUCUAAGGAGCCUGUGAUCAUGACAUCCCUCGCCAUAGGAUCCAUUGCGUUAAUCACAGCAGCGGUGAGUCCAAUGGCAGAUACACAGGCUCGUCUGAACAAGGCUGUUCCCUACAAAUAUCCAGUCCCUGUCCGGGAUGAUGGGAACAUGCCAGACAUACCUUCCCACCCUAGUGACAAGAUCGGACCAUCGCUGGAGUGGAUGAAGAAACUUUGAGAUGGAGUUUGCUCAGUUGAUGUCCUGUCUUGAAGCUGUGUAUUUAUAUUCCCUUCAAUAGAAAUUCCAAUAAACAGUGCGAUUAAA